AUGUCGGAGGGAACGGUGUCGCAUCUUCCAGCCGACUACACGCGACCCUCACCACCACGAUUGGUCGAGGCCGUGCACUCGUACGAGCUCGAUGAGGCUACCAAGAUUGCCUUGUUGAAGCUCUCCUCGGGAUCAACGCCUUUUACGGUCCUCCUUGCCGCUUUCCUUGUCCUUGCUUUCAGAUUUACCGGCGAUGAGGACAUCAGCAUCGGUACUUCCAGCGAGAGCGCCGAGCCGAUCACCAUCCGCUCCGCCAUUGAGGGACAGGAGACUUUCAAGGCUGUUCUUGAGCGGGUGCAGCAACUCGAGAAGGCUGGUGUGACGUCGCCAAAUACUACUUCUCCUCCGCUCCGUAUUUACAACAUGGCCGACACUCCAUCGCAAAAGUUCUUGUCGUCGACUGGAUUGAACACUGAUCUUACUAUCUUCGUCACUCUUACUGCCGCACAAGCUUCCCUGAGAUCAUCCUCGGUUCUUCCUAAUGUCAGCUUGCGCGCCGCAUACAACUCACUCCUCUUCAGAAAUGAGAGGAUCACCCUCGCUUGCGAACAGCUCGCCCAGAUCGUCCGUACUGCUGCUGAGAACCCCGAAGUCAAGGUCGGCGCAAUCUCCAUGAUCACCCCAUCACAACAGGGUGUCCUCCCCGACCCCACCAGAGAUCUCAACUGGGGUGAGUUCCGUGGACCCAUCCAUGAGAUCUUCGCUGCCAACGCCAAGGAGCACCCUGAGAGGACCUGUGUUGUCGAAACCGCCGAUCCCAGCGUGGAGGGCAGCAAGAAGCGCGUGUUCACCUACCAGCACAUUCACGAGGCAUCCAAUGUCCUUGCGCACCACCUUGUCGCCAAGGGUAUCCAGCGCGGUGAUGUCGUCAUGGUCUACGCUUACCGUGGUGUCGAUCUCGUCGUUGCUGUUAUGGGUGUCUUGAAGGCCGGUGCUACUUUCUCCGUUAUCGACCCUGCUUACCCUCCUGCGCGUCAAAACAUCUACCUCAGCGUCGCUCGUCCUCGUGCGCUCGUCGUGCUCGACAAGGCCGGACGUUUGUCGCCUACUGUCCGCAAGUACAUCGCCGAUGAGCUCGACCUCUUGGCUGAGGUUCCUGCUCUUCAGAUUCUCGAUAGUGGUAAGCUUGUUGGCGGUGAGGUCGAUGGAAAGGAUGUUCUCGAGGAGCAACGGAGCUUGAAGGAGCAGGAUACCGGCGUCGUUGUCGGUCCUGACAGCACCCCUACCCUCUCCUUCACAUCCGGUUCCGAGGGUGUUCCCAAGGGUGUCCGUGGACGUCACUUCUCCUUGACCUACUACUUCCCUUGGAUGGCCAAGACCUUCGGCCUCUCUGAGAAGGACCACUUCACCAUGCUUUCCGGUAUCGCUCACGACCCUAUUCAGCGCGAUAUCUUCACUCCCCUCUUCUUGGGUGCCCAGCUUCUCGUUCCUACUGCUGAUGACAUCGGUACUCCCGGUCGUCUUGCCGAGUGGAUGGCCGAGAACGGCGCUUCCGUUACUCACUUAACUCCUGCUAUGGGUCAGCUUCUUUCCGCCCAGGCCACCGCUGAGAUCCCAUCCCUUCACCACGCCUUCUUCGUUGGUGAUGUCCUCACCAAGCGUGACUGUCUCCGUCUGCAGUCCCUUGCCCGUAACGUGUUCAUCGUUAACAUGUACGGUACCACCGAGACUCAGCGUUCCGUCUCUUACUUCGAGGUUGCUUCCCUCGCCAAGGACCCUCAGUUCUUGCAGACCCAGAAGGACAUCAUUCCUGCCGGUCAGGGUAUGUUGGACGUUCAGCUCCUUGUCGUGAACAGGAACGACCGUACCCAGACCUGUGGUGUCGGUGAGAUCGGUGAGAUCUACGUUCGUGCUGGUGGUCUUGCCGAGGGUUACUUGCAGUUGCCUGACAUGACCGCGGAGAAGUUCUUGAAGAACUGGUUCGUCGAGGAAGGUCACUGGAAGGACUCUGUCCCCUCCGAUGCUGUCUGGAAGGACUUCUGGCUCGGUCCUCGUGACCGUAUGUACAGGACUGGUGACUUGGGUCGUUACCUCCCCAACGGGAACGUUGAGUGUUCUGGACGUGCCGAUAACCAGGUCAAGAUCCGUGGUUUCCGUAUCGAGCUUGGCGAGAUUGACACUCACCUGUCUCAGCACAAGCUUGUUCGUGAGAACGUGACUCUUGUGCGUCGUGACAAGGAUGAGGAGCCUACGCUUGUUUCCUACAUCGUUCCUCAGACUACUGGCGACGUCGACGGUCUUGUCUCCGAUGUUGGAGAGGAGGAUGAUGAGAUGGUUAAGGGAUUGAAGAGAUACCGUAAGCUUAUCCGUGAUGUCCGUGAGUACUUGAAGACCAAGUUGCCCAGCUACGCUGUGCCGACCGUCAUCGUCCCUCUCAACCGCAUGCCCCUCAACCCCAACGGAAAGGUCGACAAGCCUGCCUUGCCCUUCCCCGAUACUGCUCAGCUCUCCGCUGCCGCCAAGAAGACCGGCGGUGCCGCUAACGGCGAGAAGUUGACCCCUACCCAGCAGCAGGUGCGCGAAAUCUGGCUGUCUGUCCUUCCCCACACUCCUGCCGAACUCAGUACCCACGACAACUUCUUCGAUGUCGGUGGCCACUCUAUCUUGGCUACCCGCAUGAUCUUCGAAGUCCGCCGCAAAUUCGUCAUCGACGUUCCUCUCGGUCUUGUCUUCAAGGAGCCCACGAUUGAGGGUCUUGCCCGCGAGGUUGACAAGAUCCGCGGCGCUGACCUCAGUGUUGUCGCUUCUCCUGACGGUGGUGCUUCCCAGGCCAACAGCGCCGGCGAGGAGCAACAGACCGAGCCCGAGGUCGACUACGCUGCCGAUGCCGAUGAGCUCGUCAAGCAGCUCGCUGAGAAGUAUGAGACUGCCCCUAAGAUUAGCCUCGACAAGACCGUCACUGUACUCGUUACUGGUGCUACUGGUUUCUUGGGUGUCUUCCUUCUCCGUGAUCUCUUGGAGCGUUCUAAGGGUAACUUCCGCAUCAUUGCUCACGUCCGAGCUGGCUCGGCUGAGAAGGGUUUGGAACGUAUCCAGAACUCUUGCGAAGCUUACGGUGUUUGGAACCCUGAGUGGAAGUCCAAGAUAGAGGUUGUCAUCGGUGACUUGGGUGCGCCUAAGCUCGGUUUGAGCGAGGAGAACUGGGAGACCCUCUCCAAGGAGGUCGACGUCGUUGUUCACAACGGUGCUCUCGUCCACUGGGUUUACCCGUACGCCAAGCUUAGGGAUGCCAACGUUGUUGGUACUCUCUCUGCUAUUGAGCUCUGUGGUGCUGGCAAGCCUAAGGCUAUCGGAUUCGUAUCCUCCACCUCUGUCCUCGACACUGACCACUUCGUUCACUUGUCCGAUGCCGUCAUGGAGAAGGGCGGUGCCGGUGUUCCCGAAUCUGACGACCUUUCUGGCUCUCGCUACGGCUUGGGUACGGGUUACGGUCAGUCCAAGUGGGUCGGUGAGUACCUCGUCCGCGAGGCUGGCCGUCGCGGUUUGGCUGGUAGCGUUAUCCGCCCUGGUUACGUUGUUGGAGACUCCAAGACUGGUGUCACCAACACCGAUGACUUCAUCUUCCGUUUGGUCAAGGGAUCUGCUCAGCUUGGUCUUUACCCCGACAUCAACAACACUGUCAACAUGACUCCUGUUGACCACGUUGCUCGCUGUGUUGUUGCUUGUUCUUUGCACCCACCAGCACCCUUGGCUGUGUGCCACGUUACUGGUCAGCCAAGAACAAGGUUCAACGAGUACCUCAAGACUCUCACCACUUUUGGCUUCAACACCAAGAAAGCUGACUACAUCCCAUGGCGUAUUGCUUUGGAGAAGUACGUCAUGGAGGGCAGUGACAACGCAUUGUACCCUCUUCUUCAUUUCGUUCUCGACAACCUUCCCGCCAACACGAAGGCACCAGAACUUGACGACUCCAACACUCGGGCGUCUUUGAGGGAGGACAUCGCAUGGACUGGCGAGGAUGUCUCUGAAGGAAAGGGUGUCGGAGAGGAGGAAAUGGGUGCCUGCUUGGCAUACCUCGUCGGUAUUGGAUUCUUGGAGGUGCCUAAGGGCACUGGUGAGAAGGAGUUGCCGAAGAUUGAGAUCAAGGGUCUGGACAAGUUGGCCUCUGUUGGUGGCCGUGGAACCAAGGUAUAA